CAAUGUUUGCUUUACUCAUAAUACUUCUCCUAGUAGCCGAUGCCCUCACCCUCUCUCUAUCUUUGUCUGAACUUUCUCUCUAGGAUUCUUAGCCUACCAUGUCCUCUGAAACGGAAUUGAAUGAGGCAGAGAGUUUGGUAAGUUCAAGAAACAGAGAUUUGUCUAUGCUCAUACCCUUAAUCCUGGGCCUAACAAACGGCAAUUAUCCCAUCAGGUCAAGUGAAGAUUCACCAAACCCAGAUCAAGAACCAGCAAAUGCAACCAGCCCAGAUGAAUCCCUCGGCAGGAUUGUGUUCAUCAAUCCUUUGACACAAGGGAUGGUGGUGAUCGAGGGGAGUCCUUCCAGAUUGGAGUCUCUGCUAAGGGACCUGGUGAGCAAGGAUGAGCCGCCACCGGCCUCUAGAAAGUCCAUAGAGGCUAUGCCCUGUUUGGAGAUUAAAGAGGGACAUGAAGGGGGUGAGUGUGUGAUAUGCUUGGAGGAGUGGGAGAUUGGUGGUUUAGCCAAACAGAUGCCCUGCAAACACAGGUUCCACGGAGAGUGCAUAGACAAAUGGCUAGGGAUUCAUGGGUCUUGCCCUGUUUGCAGGUUCAAGAUGCCUGUUGAUGAAGACGAUGGGGGCAAGAAAAGUGGUGUCGGUAGAGAUGAGAGGGAGAGGAGGAGGAGGAGGGAGAUCUGGGUGAGUUUUUCCUUCAACAGAGAGAGGAGUGGAGAUUCAAAUCAGACACCCUCCGGAUCUGAUCAAACAAUGGAGGGUUAGAAACAUUUUUGUAAGAUGUUUGUGUGUGUGUUUUUUUUUUCUGUUUCUUGGGAAUAAUAUGUACAAAAAGAAGAAAAUGUUUAUACUUAAUACUUUUUGUCGUAGUUGUUGUUCUUUACCUUGCUUGACAUGAAUAAAUGAGGAUUUUUAUCUCUA